GACUGAGGAGCAGACACAGAGACUCCUCUAUUAGGAUGCGGCCACAUUCGGAUGGCAGGAGGAGGUUAGGAUGAGGAGACGGACAGGAGAGGAACCUACGCCUGAGGGAGAGCGUAUACAGGAAGAGGAGAGGCUUCAGGCGAGAUUGUUAUAUGAUGCCUCCGUGCGAGAGUUGGCGGGAGUGAUGGAGCAUGUCAGGAGACUCACGCAGACCGAGGUUGCACGAGGAGAGGUGCUUCAGGAUGCGGUACAAAGGAUAGGUGCUCUGGAACAGGAGAACAAAGGACUGAGGGACAUGGUACGUGACCUCGUUACCAGCGCCGAGCAGGUAAGACAGUCUACCUCGAGACUCGAGCAGAGGAUUACUGACCUAGAGGAGGGUCAGAGGGGUCAGGCCACGACAGGUCUGGUCGAUGAGAGGAGGACUGAAGAGCAGCAGAUUCCUAUCAUACAGGCACACGUCUCUCAUGAGGUAGAGCCAGGUGGAGUGAGAUUGGGUACCCCUCGGCGAGAUUCGCAGACGGAGGAACCACACAGGGCUAUGGGGAUGACAUGUGAGGAGGCUGCAGUCGUCGACAAGCUCAUGCUUGAGCCAGACGAGAUUGAGAGGAGGAGAGAGGAAGAGGCACGAGGUUUAGACUGGGUCCCUCCAUCAGAGUUGGCAGUCAAGGAGGAUGCAUGCCGAGAGAUGGAUGGUGGACACGACGAGCUCGAGACGGUCUUAGAGUCACGAGAUGUCAUACCACAGCAGGACACGAGAGUGUCAACUGCGAUACUGCCUACGACUUUACCAUUUACACCAACGCCAACUUUGGGGCCGAUGGACGAUAUAGUGCACCUCCUUUCAUCUCGGAUUGAGAGAUGUGACGAGGAGGUGAAGAUUGAGAGGGUCUCGAGGAUGUUGAGCCCUGAUACGGUGGAUAGAGCCGUACAGGAUGUGACGAUCCGAUUUGAGAGGGCAAGACCUCAGAUCCUACCCAAGCCUAACAACAGAAAAAUUGUCGCCGUUUUUUUUUUUUAUUGAUCGUGGGGCCUCACCCCCUUU